AUUUCAUCACCUCACUCAUAAUCAACACCCUUGGUACUAUUAGCUUUGCGUAUCUGAGUAACUAAGCCAUGUCAAAACCCUUUUGCACCCUCUUUGCACUGUCCAUCAUCCUUGUGACAUGUCAUGCUCAAACCCUCAAUACAUCAACAACAUGUGAACCUUCUAAAUGUGGUAACCUCAACAUCAGCUACCCUUUUUGGAAGAAAUCCAACACCAACGUUCAAGAAUUUUGCGGUUACCCUGAAUUUGGCCUUGAAUGUUUGGAUGACCAAGCCAUCUUGAUUUUGCCAACUAACAGAUACCAAGUCACGGAUAUAAACUAUGAUAAUCAUUCAAUCACACUUAUUGACAUAGAUGUGUUGGGACAACCAUGUCCAAGGGCUCGACACAAUGUUUCCCUACACAAUCUCCCUUUAUCUUUCAGCUCAUUAGAUUUUAACCUCAGUUUCUAUUUCAACUGCAGUUCUUACCCUUCAUCUAUUCAGCACAUAGGGUGCAUGAAACAUGAUAAGUAUCAGUCUUACGUGUUUAAGACCGGGGAUGAAGCUGAAAGUAAUGGCUAUGAUUGGCUUAGACGCUGUGAGGAGCAUGUUGUGGUGACAGUGAAGAAGGAUGAGAUUGAAAUUAGUGGUUUGAUCACUGGUUUUGGUGAUGCUAUGCAGAAAGGAUUCGUGCUUGAUUGGAUGAGAGCUCAGGAUUGUGCAGUGUGCGAGGAGUCUAAUGGCUAUUGCAGAUUCGACCAAGCCACUAAGCAAUCGAGGUGUUUAUGCUCAGAAGGCAGAACUGAAGCCAAAAGUUGCAAAAAAGGAAAAAUUAAUUGGAAGGUGAAACUCCUUAUAGCUAUCACAACUGGAGUAAUGGGAGGAUUCAUGAUAUGCAUCAUAAUUUGCUGUACUAAAUGUAUGUCAUCAACAAAAGUAAAACUUUGGUUUACGUUAAAGAAUGACCAACGUAUAGAAUCGUUCUUAAAACAUCAUGGAGCACUAGCACAGAAGAGAUAUAAAUUUUCCGAAGUUAAGAAAAUGACCAACUCCUUCAAAGUUAAACUGGGUGAAGGUGGUUUUGGUGCUGUAUACAAAGGAGAGCUACUCAGUGGUUGCCCUGUGGCUGUAAAGAUAUUGAAUGCAUCCAAAGGAAAUGGCGAAGAGUUCAUCAAUGAGGUUGCUAGCAUCAGUAGAACUUCUCAUGUUAAUAUUGUCACACUUCUUGGAUUCAGUUUGGAAGGACGCAAAAAAGCUCUCAUUUAUGAGUUUAUGCCCAAUGGUUCCCUUGACAAGUUUAUUUACAAUAAGGGUCUGGAAACCACUGCAUCCUUGAGUUGGGAUAAUUUGUGGCAAAUUGCAAUAGGUAUAGCCCGAGGACUAGAGUACUUGCAUAGUGGUUGCAACACUCGAAUUUUACAUUUUGACAUAAAACCACAUAACAUUCUUUUGGAUGAGAAUCUAUGUCCCAAGAUAUCAGAUUUCGGGCUUGCAAAGCUUUUUCCCAGGAAAGAUAGCAUUGUUUCCCUGUCAUAUGCUAGGGGAACAAUAGGAUAUGUAGCUCCAGAAGUGUGCAACAAACACUUCGGUGGAAUUUCACACAAAUCUGAUGUCUACAGCUAUGGAAUGAUGCUGCUAGAAAUGGUGGGAGUGAAGAAGAAUAUUAAUGCAGAAACCAGUCAAACAAGUGAGUACUUCCCAGAUUGGAUAUACAAAAGGCUAGAGCAGGGCAGAGAUUUGACAACUGAUGGGGUGAUAGCCACACAAGAAACAGAGAUAGCAAGGAAAAUGACUAUAGUGGGUUUAUGGUGUGUUCAAACAAUUCCACAAGAUAGACCAACAAUGAGCAAAGUAAUAGAGAUGCUAGAAGGCAACAUGAAUUCCCUUGAAAUGCCCCCAAAAUCUGUUCUUUCUUCUCCAGCUAGAUCGGUUCCAGAAUUUACCACUAGUUCAUUGCAAUCUGGGUAGAUCUUUCAAAUUAUUUUGUAAAACAGAUCACUCAACAUGACUAUGUUGUACUUUUAAUUCAUUUUGAAACAAAGUGGAUGUCAAGCAAACGCAAACAAAUUGAAUUCAAAUGCUAGACCAAACUGUGUGCUAUGCUUAGUGCUAUGUAAGAGUCAGGGCCAAAUAUUAUUGUUGCUGUAGGUGAGAUCAAAGUUGUUGACUCUGAUGAAAUCUGUUACAAAGGAUGGACAAGUGGCAGCAAAUGUGUCUUCCUCUUUCUUGAUAGUCUCUCGUCUUGAAGUUCUUUUCUUUUUCUUAUAAUAAUUGUAUUUUUAGUACCUUUUAGAGUUAUUAGCUGUCUUCCGGGUAACAAUAUACUGUGACUUCCAGAAUUUACAAGUUCUUAGCUAUCUUCCCGGUAGAUCUUGAGAAGUGGCAAAACCUGUUCUUUCUUUUCCCACUAGAUCGAUGCCAGAAUUUACCACUAGUUCUUUGCUAUCUUUCGGGUAGAUCUUGCAAGUUAUUUUGUAAAAUAGAUCACUCAGACAUAAUUAUGCUAUAAUCUAUUUAUCUAUUUGUAAUAUAUAAAUCCUGAGGUACAAAUCAAUACCAUGUCACAUCAUUACCCUA